AUGUUAAAAGAGCUAGAAUCUGUAACUCUCACUGGAUUUGAAUCCCUGUUAACUUUUAUUGCUAAACCAAACUUGCAAUCAAAGUCAAGCAGCUGGUCUUUGGUUUCCAAGUUGGUGCACCACAAAAGAGUGGUAUGCGAGAGUGCAGAAUCAGAUGCAAAUGAGUUUGAGAUGGUAGAUGCAGCACUACAAUCUCUCAUCAGCCACAAGAAAAGCAAAUCUGAAUAUUUUGUGCAUAUAGAAAAUGUGCAGACCUGGCUUGGAAAGUUGGAAUCAAACAUUCAAGAAUUUGAAGAAGAGCUUGAAUGCCUGUCUAGGCGUCUAGUCAAAACCAGAGUUUCCCUUCUCAACAUCCUCAACCACUAA